UCAGCCUCUUAGCUGGUCCUCUUCCAUCGCGACGAUUCCAUUCUCCCCGAGACCGAGAGGUUUUCCUCUGUGGUUCCCUCAAGUGGAUACAGCACUAAAACGGUUUGCUUUUUGUUCUGUUUAUGAAUUCUGUGGAUUACACUGACAUACUGUAUAAGGCAGUAAUGAACAGCUGAGGUAUUACUGUCCCAGUGGAAGUGUUUGUCCAGUGGUUUCAUGUGGGGACGGUCUGCCAUUACUGUCGCACCAUGGAAAAGACUUUUUCAAUUAUUUCUCUCGUCAACGUUAUUUUUGGAGUCUGCUGGGUGACAGCUAGAGAACACAGAUUUGUACCUGACCCUCCAGUGCUGAACAUCACAGAUAAGACGUACAAAAUCAACACAUCCGACACAUUGGAGAUUACCUGUAGAGGAAGACAGAUUUUGGAAUGGCACACGCCUCACCACAAGACUGGCUCUGAAAGCAGGCUUGUAACAUCAGACUGCAGUGGACACGGCCUGUUCUGUAGCACCAUCACACUCAUUGGGGCGACAGCAAAUGAAACAGGAGAGUAUCGCUGUUCCUACAGAAACCUGUCUGUGGAGGAAGGGAAGACGUCUGUGUCGGUGUAUGUCUUUGUGCAAGACUACCGCAUGCCUUUUCUUCGGUUAUCUCAAGACUAUGAGGUGGUAUUCAUUCGAGAAGGAGAGCAAGUGGUCAUUCCCUGUCUGGGCUCCUUGGAGGACCUUAAUGUCACUCUGUUCACGGUGGGAAAGAUGAUGAUGAAAUAUCCAGUGAAGGAGCAGGUACCUGAUGGAAAGGACGUGUUCUGGGACAGCAAAAGGGGUUUUGUGCUUCCUAGUCAUGUGAUUAGCUACGCUGGUGUGGUCUACUGCCAAACUCGCAUCCAGAAUGAAACAUUCCAGUCCACGGCCUACGUUCUGGCUGUCGUAGGAUAUAGAAUCUAUGACCUCAAAAUGAGUCCUGGGCAGGAGAAGCGCGCAGUCGGGGAAAAGGUGGCACUCAACUGUACUGCCAUCACAGAACUUAAUGUUGCCCUGGAAUUCCACUGGACCCUGCCUCAGGACAAGAGAAAUCCCAACCCCUCCAAACAAAGACUUUAUGAGACUAAGUCCUACAAGAAGAAGCUGUGGAACUCACUGGAACUGACCAACAUGCUGAUUUUGGAGAACAUUACAAUCAAUGACACAGGGGAAUAUGUGUGCACGGUGUCCAGCAGUAAGAUGGUCAAAAGCAACCGAUCAUUCCUUAUGGUUUAUGAGAAGCCUUUCCUGGUGCUCGAGCAGUCGCUUCAAACUUGGAACGUGAACAAGGGAGAAAGAGAAACAAAGAUCCCUGUUAAAUAUAACGCUUAUCCAGAACCAAAUGCAAAGUGGUUAAAGAACGGCAGGUCCAUCAGCAGUGACGAGUACAGGAUAAAGCCUUCCCGAGAUUCUCUCACUAUAUAUGAGGUGACAGAAAAGGAUGCUGGAAAUUACACAGUGAUUAUGACCAAUAAAAUGACAAGAGAGGUGCACAGCCAUACAUUUCAACUCCUCGUUAAUGCUCAUCCUAAGAUCUUCGAGAAGGAGGUCCCGUUUGAUCGUAACAUUCACAUGUUCGGCAGCAGCCCCACUCUCACCUGCACUGCUUUCGGUGCAUCCAGUCCUGUCUCUAUCCAUUGGCAGUGGAUGCCCAGUGAGGACUGUCCAGCCAAAUUUCAGCCCAAAUCAGAUCAGAGUGCAACGUGUGAAGGGAAAUGGAGGGAUAUAUCCAACAACACCGGGGGAAACCACAUUGGUCAGCCCACCAGCUUCAUCGACAGCUCACAGAAGACUAUUAGCACGCUGAAGAUCCAGAAAGCUGUAAGCCACGCUUUGUUUAGAUGCAUUGCCUCCAACAAAGUGGGAGUGGAGGAUAGAGUCAUUGUAUUCCAAGUGGCACGUUUCCUCAACCUGAGUGUGUUCCCCUCCAGCACACCGAUCGAAGGGGAUGAUGUACUGCUUCGCUGCGUAGUCGACCGCAUGCUGUACUCCAGCCUAAGCUGGUACAGGGUGUUAAACAAAUCGUCUGAACUGCCUACCACCAUACCAUGUGCUAGCCUCAGCCUGGCACCCCUCACCCAGCCCAAUGCCACUAUCACAAGCUCGCAGGGUCCCAACAUGACCCUGGACCUGUCAUUCCCCAGAGUAAGCAUGCGGGAUGAAGGUUUUUACGCUUGCCAAUUGGAGAACAUAUACAGCAGUGAGAGAACGUGUUUGCUACACAACUUGCAUCUCCAGGCACUGGAGGCACCCUGGAUUGUGAGCACAUUGACUGAUCACAGGGUGAAUGUGAGCGAUUCCACCACGCUGGAGUGUGUGGCAAGGGGUACGCCGACCCCCAUCAUCACCUGGACUAAAGACAACCAGACAGUCAUUAAGGGAUCUGGUGUUAUUCUGGAUCAAUUAAACCGUACCUUGACCAUCCAGAGAGUAAAGAAAGAGGACAGUGGUCUAUACACAUGUACAGCUUGCAACAAACAGGGUUGUGCCUUCAUCCAGGCCCAGCUUACAGUGGAGGGUUCAGAGGAGAAGGUGAAUGUGGAGCUGAUCGUGCCGAUCGGUGCUGUGGUUAUUGCCAUGUUCUUCUGGCUACUCGUUGUCUUUGUCAUACGCAGCAGAAAACGGCCCACUGAUGGAGACAUGAAGACAGGCUACCUGUCCAUUAUCUUAGAUGCAGAAGACAUGCCGAUGGAUGAGCAAUGUGAGAGACUCACCUAUGAUGCUAGCAAGUGGGAGUUUCCCCGUGAACGUCUCAAGCUAGGGGAACCACUGGGCCGAGGUGCAUUUGGUCAGGUUCUGGAGGCAGCAGCAUUCGGCAUUGAAAAGGCCACUACCUACACUACAGUGGCAGUGAAGAUGCUAAAGGAGGGAGCUACCUCCAGUGAGUACCGUGCCCUGAUGUCUGAGCUGAAGAUUCUCAUCCAUAUUGGGCACCAUCUUAAUGUGGUCAAUUUGCUGGGUGCCUGCACCAAACCAGGCGGUCCUUUGAUGGUAAUAGUGGAAUACUGUAAGCAUGGUAACCUUUCCACUUAUUUGAAGAGUAAGCGUGAACAAUAUAGCCCCUUCAAGAAGCAUAGACCUAGAUUGAUGCAGGACAGAGCUGUUGGAAUGGAGGAAGAACUUCAGGAAGGGGAUCCGAGUAUGGGCACCGCUACCCGAUUGGACAUCUGCACUGGCACUGCCAUCUGCUCGGGACUGAAAAAUGAGUGGAGUGCCAAUCCUCAGCAGGAUGAGCAAGAAAGUUCAGAUUGGGAUCAGUUAACUAUGGAGGAUCUCAUCAGCUACAGCUUUCAAGUGGCCAAAGGAAUGGAGUUCCUCUCCUCUCGGAAGUGCAUUCACCGGGAUUUGGCAGCUAGGAAUAUUCUCCUUUCUGAGAAUAACAUUGUGAAGAUCUGUGACUUCGGCCUGGCCAGAGAUGUGUAUAAAGACCCAGACUAUGUCCGCAAAGGAGACGCACGUCUUCCUCUGAAGUGGAUGGCUCCAGAAACAAUCUUUGACCGUGUGUAUACAACACAGAGUGAUGUGUGGUCAUUUGGAGUACUGCUCUGGGAGAUCUUCUCCUUGGGUGCAUCUCCGUAUCCGGGCGUGAAUAUUGACGAGUCGUUCUGCAGGAGGUUAAAAGAUGGUACCCGGAUGAGACCGCCUGACUAUGCCACCCCUGAGAUAUAUCAGACCAUGUUGGACUGCUGGAUGGAUCAUCCGAAAGACAGACCCACUUUUACAGAACUAGUGGAGCAUCUGGGGAACUUGCUACAGGCUAGCGCGGAACAGGAUGGUAAGGACUAUAUUCCACUGACAAUAGGGAAUGUGGAGGGGGGAUCAGGAGUCCUUCAUCACAGAAUGACACCAUAUAAAAACGCACCAGGAGAAAAAAGCAUAGAGACCCACCUACCCUAUGACAAUGCUCCAUCUGUGGGAUAUGCUCAGCAUAAAUUUGAGGACAUCCCGUUGGAAAAGAAUGCCAUGAUGAAUGGUCAGAUGGACUGCAACAUGGGGUUAUCACAUGACGAGAUGAAAGCUCUGAAUCAUCAAGCACAGAGGAUGGCUACAUUCAGUCCUUUGCUGCGGUGUAAGAGUAAAGAGUCUGUGUCUUCUGAAUCUUCCAAUCAAACCAGCGGAUACCAGUCUGGCUACCACUCGGAUGACACCGAGCCACCUGUGUAUGCCAAUGAAGAGAUGAUCCUGAAGAGGGACGCUUUGAAAAAGCCUCCGUUCCCAAAGAGGGAUGAAAAGUUUAGCACCGAGGUCCGCUAUAGCACUCCUCCUGUUUAAUAGGAAUCACCCAUAAGUUCCAUGACUACUGUAUGUGACUAUACAAAGUGUACAGUAAAUGUGUGUAUUGUUUUUAACUUUCAGCCUGGAAUAGCAGAUUCACCCUUUUAUGGCGAUAAAAACUAGUCAAAGUGCUGCUUAUGAUAGGUUUGUGCAUGCUGGAGAGACUUGAUUUCUCCUUACAUUCUCUUGAUCAGUGGCAGUAUGGUUUUCUUUAUAGUGUUUAUUUAAUAUGAUUUAGUCAGGUACAUUUAUUAGAGUCUAGAACAAUAACGUGUUACAUGUGCAUACCUGUUACAGUUUGUCGAGAUUUAGAAUUUUAACACUGAGUAUAACAUACAUAACACAUUCACUGUAUGACCACUGUGCCUUAGCUCAUGAUUUACUGUAUUCCUUGUCUUUCAUUUUAAGAAUGUGGAACACUGAUUUCGUUCUAAUUUAUCAUACAUAUGACUAUGUCUGUUUUGUUUGUCUUUUUUUUUUUUUUUUUUAAUAAAUAAAUGUAAUAUAUUUGGUGGCGGCUUAUUGAAACCACUACCACUUCCUGUAAAAAGACACACCUACUUUCUUUCAGGCAAGAAACAGCAACUGGAAUUUCAGCCAACUGAGUGACCUAAUGUGCUUUUUUCUGUAUUUAUGUUUUCUAUUGUUUUUAUCUGACAUUUGUCCAGCGUCUUAUCAAAUCGAGCAAAAAAAAAAAAAAAAAGAAACUGUCAAUGCCUCUUGUUCUACUUUACAAUAUGCUUCUUUUUUUUUUGUUGUUUUCUUACAUUUUUUUAUUUUUUUAUUUUUAUGUCCUAAAUGUACAGGCUAUAUGAUGAAUGAGGACCUUAAUGUAGGCCAUGUAAGAACAAAUGUAUUUUAUUAAACCUGUCCUAAACAUGACUAGUUUUCUAAAACAAAUAAAUAUUUUAUC